AUGAUUGCUGCUCAUGCGCAAUGUCGAUUGCUGCGAUCACCUCUUUGCAGAGUUUUGAAAUGGGCAGGCCGAAAAUUUGAAAAUAGCUGGGUGUUUGACGAUUGUUUGGCACAGUACUUGUCCACAUAAUACAUAGAAGGGAGGUUUUAACCAAAAGAAUACAAAUGAGUGCGAUAUUCAAUAAAAUGCCAGCUAAUCAAAAGCUGAAAGAUUUGAUUCGAUCUAUAAGGGCUGCAAGGACAGCUGCAGAUGAAAGAUCUGUCAUAUCAAAAGAAUGUGCAGUCAUAAGAAGCUCGUUUAGAGAUGAGGAUGCAGAAGCCAGAUGCAGAAAUGUUGCCAAACUUCUCUAUAUACACAUGUUGGGCUACCCAGCACAUUUUGGCCAGCUUGAAUGUUUGAAGCUGAUCGCAUCCAACAAAUUCACUGAUAAAAGAAUUGGGUACUUGGGAUGCAUGAUGCUGUUGGAUGAAAGACAAGAUGUUCACCUGCUUGUCACUAACUGUUUGAAAAACGAUUUGGGACACUCUUCACAGUACAUCCAAGGCCUUGCCCUUUGUACAUUUGGCAGCAUCUGCUCGGCUGAAAUGAGUAGAGAUCUUGCUGGGGAAAUCGAGAAACUUUUGAAAGGUGCUAACGCACAUGUCAAGAAAAAGGCUUGUCUUUGUGCCACUCGUAUCGUGAGGAAGGUUCCAGAGCUAAUGGAAAUGUUUAUACCAUUAACAAGGAACCUUAUCAGCGAUAACAAUCAUGGUGUUCAACUCACUGGUUUAGUAUUGAUAUCAGAAAUGUGCAACAUGAACCAAGAUGUCAUUCCACAUUUUCGACGCUUGGCGCCAAACCUAAUUCGGACCUUAAAGAACAUGAUCCAGUCGGGCUAUUCACCAGAACAUGACGUUGCAGGAAUCAGUGACCCCUUUCUUCAGGUCAGAAUCUUGAGGCUACUGCGAAUUCUAGGCAGGCUAGAUACGGACAUCAGUGAAUCUUUGAACGACAUCCUGGCUCAAGUAGCAACUAAUACAGAGAGCACAAAGAACGUAGGGAAUUCAAUUUUAUACGAGACAGUUCUAACAAUUAUGGAUAUCAAAUCUGAAAGUGGUCUGAGGGUACUUGCUGUAAAUAUUUUGGGACGAUUUUUGCUAAAUAACGAUAAAAAUAUUAGGUAUGUCGCUUUAAACACACUGUUGAAAACAGUUCAGUUUGAUAACAGCUCAGUUCAGCGGCACAGGGGCACCGUACUGGAGUGUCUUAAGGACCCAGACAUUUCAAUCAGGAGGAGGGCAGUUGAACUGUGCUUUGCAUUGGUGAACACAACAAAUGUUAGAAGCAUGGUAAAAGAACUGCUGCACUUCUUAGACCACUGUGACGUUGAAUUGAAAGGAUAUGUCACUUCAAAUCUUAUAACUAAAGCGGAAAAAUUUGCUCCUAACAAACGUUGGCAUAUUGACACUGUUUUGAAGUUGCUAACCACGGCAAGUCAAUAUGUGAGGGAUGAUGCAGUUGCGAGUUUGAUUCACUUGAUUUCAAGCACAACAGCAUUACACACAUACACUGUCCAGCAGUUAUUCAAGGCGCUUGAAGUCAACACUGGACAGCAAUCGCUGAUUCAGGUCUCAUGUUGGUGCAUUGGCGAAUUCGGAGAACUGCUCUUUUCUAAAGACCUUGAAGAUGACGAGCCCCUUCAGCUCACAGAAAUAGAUGUUGUGCAUGUACUGGAGCGGAUCCUGGCGAGCUCAUUCACGACCCAAGUUGCUAAAGAAUUCGUUUUGACCGCGCUCAUGAAACUAACAACCCGUUUUACAACCUGCACAGACAAAAUAAGACACGUGAUUAAUGAAUACGUCACAAAUGUCCACGUGGAACUGCAACAACGAUCAGUGGAGUAUGAUACGAUUUUUCGCAAGUAUGACCAUUUAAGAGCCGGUUUACUUGAGAGAAUGCCCGCCAUGAAAGCCAAUCCGGACAGCCCAGAAGUGUUUAACAACAUAACAAACGGAGAAGUUGUCACUGUGCCUGAGCCAGUAAAAAGUGUUGAGCAACCAGAAACGAAACAAGAGUCUGACUCCCUACUGGAUCUUCUUGGAUCAAGCGGUGACGUCCCCUUGCCAGUGUCAAGCCAGGCUCCCCAGCCUGCCCCAGUCCAAACAUCAACCGGAGAUGGUGUCCUGGACUUGUUAGGAGACUUAGAUAUGGGUGGACCUUCAGUUCUACAAAACAAUCUACCCGAUGUCACGCCAGCACCAACAAUUGGACUUAUGGACGGAGGAUUGGGCAACGACCUGACAGAUUUGCUUGGCGGGCCAGUAUCAUCACAACCAGUUCUGAACACCAUUAGCGAUGUACAGCCAGCAGCACCAGUUUCAACAAUGGGUAUGGGAAUGACAACAACAGGAAUGCCAAAUAUUGCCACUGUUUCGCCGCCAGGUAUCCCGGGCAUAACAGCGUUCGCGAAGAACGGCCUUCUUAUAAGAUUCGACUUCGAAAAGGUUGUCGGCAAUCCUAACAACAUUGUCUCAGUAACGAUGACCGCAACGAAUUCGCAGCCAUCUCCGAUGACUGAUUUCGUGUUUCAAGCAGCUGUGCCAAAGAGCUUCCAGCUGCAACUGAAACCGCCAUCCGGAAACAUGCUCCUUCCGAACAACACUGGAAGUAUCCAGCAAAUCAUCAACAUCGCUAACCCACAGAAGCAAAACAUACGAAUGCGUUUGAAGAUUAACUACUCCAUGAAUGGGCAACUGGUAGAGGAACAGGGACAGUUGGACAAUUUCCCGCCAGAUCUGAUGCAAUAAGGUAGUCGUCAUGUAUAAUUGUGCUCAGCAAGCUCCUUACGAAAUGCGCACCUAUGCAAUGAACCAAGUUUUCAUGGAGGGGGCAAUUCUGAAAUUCAUAGCAUUGAUUUUGUAUUUAAUCUCCUGUCUAUCAAAUCGUUUCAAAAUCCAAAGGCUAAUGCUUGAUAAUUGUCUGUUGUUUUGUAAAAUUACUCGUCGUUGUCGUAACUUAGGAUAUCAGUAUAAAUUUGAUGGAUUGUGUAGGAUUUUCAUUGUAGCUAUAGUUUUCUUGUCUAUCAAUUUUCCUUUUUUCCUUUGAUUCUCCUCCUUCGCCCCUUCCUUUCAAUUUAACCUUGUGUGCUUCUGCGAGACAGUUUCCAGCACAAAAUUGGUUUAAUGUUUCAUAACGUAGGUCCUUCUAAGCUUUCUCCACCAUCCGAUCCUUAUACCUGUAAGCGAGAAGGCGUGCGGUAUCUAGUGGGAGCACAUUAGAAAAGGUAUUUCUAGAUCAAUUCAUAACUGGUUGUUGAGGCGAAUUGUUUUUGAAUUUUUGCUCAGACUUUUCUAUAAUCGAUGUCUUGUAUUGGCAAUAUGUCUUUUCAUCGAUAAGUUUAAUUUUGAUAAAUCCUGGUGGACAUAGAGCAAUUCAGAAAUAACUAAGUAUUUCCUUGAUGUAUCUCCAAUUUAAAAGUUGUAUACAUAGACAUCAAUUAUCUUCAAACAUUUUAUCAAA